AUGAAAAAGGUUUCAUUGAAUGGUCAGGCGGUGGCCUGCCCCGCGGUCCGGACGAGCAGUGGCUGGUUGGAUCUCUUUCCCUUACCCUGCAAGAAGCACUCGGAAUGUCGAGUGAUGGGAAACCUGCACCUAUGUUGUAAAGGGUUCUGCACAAAAGGCGUGCAAGGUGCCGCGCAAAUAAGAGCCGACACGGGCCAAAAUAGCACAGCGCAGAGUAGUAGCACAAGCACCACCACCACCACAAGCACGACCACUACAACCACCACCACCACAACCACGACAACUACAACCCCGAGUACCACCAGCUCCACGACGACGACGACGACUCCCCGGCCGAAGCCGACAGAACCACCGCGGCCUUUUCUGCAAUUGCUGCCCAUACAGAGCACGCCAGCUACAGCCAAGACUAAUGCCGCAAUAAAAACAGGAACUGAUAUAAUUAGUGAUGUAAGUUAUUCGCGUACGCGCAACGUUGUGUCGGGUUACGAUUACGAGUAUAACGAUCACUCGAGCGCAGGAAAGUCGCAGAAGUUGGUGUGCCCGAAAGCUGGGCAGGUUCCCGUAUUGCUGUUCCCGAUUCCCUGCGAGACCAACGCUCAGUGCCGCACCAGCAGCGGCCCCGGGCAGGUGUGCUGCGAUAACCGUUGCGUCAAGGGAGUGCCAGCCCCGCGCCCAACGACGGCUCCACAGUCUCAUCAACCUCUUCUUGGCGUGAUUCCUCGCGAGUGUCCAACCACGCCUCUCGGGGAGCUGCUGUUCGAAGUACAGUCGUGCAAGACCGACGCAGACUGCUGGCCGCGACUAUGCUGUCCUGAUGGCACCCGCUCGUACUGCCGCACCGCCAAGGCCAGACUUGAUCUUGUGCCAGUCGCCCGGCAAAUUGAUGCGCCUGUGAGAAUGCUGGAACAAUAUCUGCAGUGCACAGCGCCACCGCAGUACGACCUGUUUCCCCAGAAGUGCAGCUCUAGCGUGGACUGCUUCCCCAAUCUGUGCUGUGCUGAAGGAGGCAAAAAACACUGUCGACCGCCGCGGAGGAGCCUAUUGAGCCUGCUGGCGGGAGUAACUCGGAAUAUUGGAUCCACACUAGGAAAUCUACGUCAAAACCAAGCUCAAGGGAACAGAAAUAACGUGUGAUAAACAAUGGUGCCUUAUUUAAUAGUAUAAAUUAUUAAAAUAUAUGUAUAUUUUAUAGCUUAUUAGUUUUAUACUUUUUGUACCUACUUUUAUUAAAAAUAUAGAUUUCAA